UAAUAAAUGUUUACAAAUAUGCGAUAAAUAAGUUGUCAAAACGAUUUCACGCAUACGUGAAUCAUGAAAAUAAUUAAAGUUAUAAAUUAACUGGAAUUAACCGGAUUUUCUCUCGUGAUUUGAAAGUGACUGUGUCUGGUGUCCACUUAAAACAUAUUUAUCUCAUCUUUUUCCUCAUCUACAGCAUAUUAAAUAGUAUUAUUAUGUUUAUACAGAAUAAAAAUAAUUAUAUUUAUCAUAUGAUCAAACAAUGAGAAUAAGAACAAACAUAUAUUUUUAUUUGUACUCCAGCACGUGAUUGUGGUCUUGGAAUAAAUUUUAGGAUAAGGUCAACGUCACAUGACAGCUAUAAACUCUGAUACUUUGUUAUUUAGAUGAUACAUAUAUUUAUAAAAAAUUCAUGUGUUCAUACUUAAAACAAGUAUCAUCUCCAAGUAAAAUUUUAAAUUCACAAAAUAUUACUCGUUGCGUAGUAAAUCCGGGUGAAAAAAAAAUGUUUCCUCGUGACUGGUCGUUUCUCCCUUUACUUGGUCAAUCGUCAUGUGACAAUUUAAUUGAAACUAGUUGACCUCACAACCAACGAUUCACGCAACUUAUAUAUAAACAUAUAUGUAUACAUAUUAGUAGACAACUUCGUAACAUAUAUGACUUUUCUCGAACUCUCAUCACGUGCUUUCAAUCUUCGAGACUCGCGCAAAACAUUUUAUUCUUCAAGUACAAAUUACCGAUGUCAAUAACCGCUUAUUCAAGAACAUACACACACUUACUAGACUAUUUAUGUAUAUACAUUUUAUGCAAUAUUUUAUUGAUCUAUUAAUCAGUUAUCUAUGCAAAUAAAUCUCAUAAAAAAAUAUUUAAUUAGCAUUUAAUACCGAACUAUUUAAUUAAUCACAUUUAUUAACUAAAGAGUUUUCAAAUUUUUAAAAAUGGAUGAGUCAAAAAAAUGACUUAAAAUUCUUUUAACCAUUCGGAGAUUUAAUAAGCGCGUAUAAUUUUUUGAUAACAAUUUAACGUAAAAUCAACUGAGAGUUAUGAUAAAGAUUAAAAAAUAUAAUGUUUGAUUCUCGUGACCGUCACGAGAUUGCUGACGAUGAUUAAAUUAUUUGUUUCCAGCAAACAAGAUAUUUGAUAAUAAAUAUAUUACCAAAUCCCGUAUUAUUAUUUCUACGUUAAAUUAAAUUUUGUGUUACUUAUUACACAUUUUUAAAUAAAUUUUCCAAGUAUUUAAAUUAACGGAGUAAAUAUUUUCAAAGCAAAAGCCAAUCAAAAAAAUAUCGAUAUUUGAUCAGUUUGUCUUUCUGGUUUAUCUAUUUGUAAACUUCUUCGAUAACAAUAUUUUAAUAUUACACUAUAAAUUAUCAUAUUUUUAAAAAAAAAUAUUUAAGAUCAAAUGUCAUAACUGUUUUUAAAAAUAAUGUUGACUCAAUAAUUAACGAUAACAUGUCUAGUCGUAUUGACUCGUGUUAUAAUUUUUGUACAAUUCAUAAUUAUGUUGUUUGCUUACAUCAGAACUGGUUUAAAGUACAAUUAGUAGUUUAUCCAAAAGUCAAUUUUAAAUAUUAUUCCAAGUCUCUUUUAAUUUAUAUAUUUAUUUACAUUCAACUAAAUAAUAUUAAUUUUAUAUUUUUUUUCUAACUUUCCCAUGACGCACAAUUACUCGAAAUUUAGAAAUUAUUCGAUAACUUUCCUUGUUUCUCAGAAUCACUGACGCACUUAUUUAUUCUUUUACCAUCUAUUAUUUUCCUUAACUAAUUAAUUAAUUAAACACGACAAUUAAAAGGAAAAUAAAGUAAAUAAUUAUGAAUUAAAUGAACAUAAAAAUUUUUUUAGUUAGAAUUUCUCAUCACUAGCUAGCUCGGCCGUUAUCUUUAUCUGGCAAAUUAGCGAGCUAAUGACGGACAUGAUGUAAAGAAUGAUAUUAUCAGUAUAUUUAUGGUUAUGAUUAUAGCCAUGAUUAUGAUUAAUAAUUAAUAUCACGAGGAACGUCAAUUAAAUAAAUAAAUGUUUAUAAAUGCUGCGAGUUCUUAAAUUCAAAUUUCCCAUUCGCUUGUUCACCAGUGACGUCUGUUAAUAUUUAACAAGUGGGGAUGGGAUUCACUGAUACAAAAGGACAAAAGUGGGGUAAGUUGUCUUGUGAUUCAGGAAAACACGGCUAGAGAUUCGUUCUAACCAUUUAUACAACAGUACGUUAAGAUAUCUACUCAGUUUUUAUUUCGGCUCAUAAAUUAAUAUUAUCUUAUUUUUAUAAUAAUAUAUAUAAAUUUAUUUUAUAAAAUGUGCUUUGAAUUAACACGUGGCUAGAUGGUCAUUAAAUUUUUUUUAAACGAGUGUUUGAUAAAAAAAAAAAAAAAACUGUGUGAUAUUACUGACGGUGAUUAUGAAAAAAAAAUUUUUUUUAUCUACUUACAAAGACUUAUUAUAAUGAAUAGUGAAUUUUAAAUGUUGAUAAAUAAGACGUCUCUAAGUGUCACGACUUGUCAUCGAUAAUUAUACGGACAAGCCAUGUUAUAAAUUAAUGUGCAUAAGCAUUUGUCAGUUGAAAAGAUAAAAAAAAUAAAAUAAAAUAAACAAACAACAAAGGACUGAGUUUGAAUUUACAAAAUAAAUAUCGAGGCAAGUAAUUUAAAUUACCAAGAUGAGAAACGGAAAAAAAAUAUAUGAAAUGAACGGGAAACCUUUGAAUGGAUAUGUCAAUAAGGCGAUGAACGAAUCACAAGAAAAUUUGGGCAUCGAUAAACGCGACUCUUAUGAGCUUCAGAGUUCAAUUUGUGAAGAACGUCCUGAUUUGCAGUGUUCUUAUGACCUAAUCUUGAUGGAAGAGCCAGGAGAUGAUAGCGUCAAACGAAAAAACAAUUUUGUCAAGUCGAUUUGUGAAUACACAGCGCACCGAGUCAAAAAAACGUGUACAAAAAAAAUGUUGUACAGGCGGCUACCAAUUUUGGGAUGGUUACCCAAGUACAAUGGGGACGAUGCACUUGGUGAUAUUGUUGCUGGUAUAACUGUCGGGUUGACAGUCAUCCCACAAUCAUUAGCUUACUCAAAUGUUGCUGGGUUACCUCCGCAGUAUGGAUUGUACGGCAGUUUUUUGGGUACUUUUAUAUAUAUAUUUUUUGGAUCCUCCAAGGAUGUUCCUUUUGGGCCAAGUGCAAUAGUAUCAUUGCUAACUUAUCAAACAGUGGCGCAAUUAGACUCCCCUGUCGAACACGCUAUUCUUUUAUGCUGCCUCUGUGGUAUCAUACAAUUUUUCAUGGGAAUUUUUGGUCUAGGAUUCCUUAUCGACUUUGUAUCAGGACCAGUAAGUUCUGGUUUUACAUCAGCAGUCGCGUUAAUUAUUGUAACAUCUCAAAUAAAAGAUAUACUUGGAAUUCAAUCAAAAGGCUCGACGUUUUUAAGUCUUUGGCAAAGUAUCGCUGAAGGGAUUCAUCAAACUUCUCAUUGGGAUACUACUCUAGGUGUUACUUGUAUCGUCGUUCUACUUUUUCUGAGGUACGUCGCGACUAUUAAAAUUGGUCCAGUUGACGAAAACUUGAGACUAACGAAGCAUCGUGUGCUAAAUAAACUACUCUGGCUCACCGGAACAUCAAGAAAUGCAAUAUUAGUUAUUGUGUGUGGAGUAUUAGGUUAUUACUUUGCCUCAAAAUCACCAUUUAAAUUAAUAGGCAAUUUACCGGGAGGAAUGCCUACUGUUAAAUUACCACCGUUUGGUUUUACCAAAGAUCAAAAUACUACACUAACAUUUAUGGAUAUGUGUUCAAAUUUAGGUAGCGGGCUCAUUGUUUUGCCGCUUAUUUCGCUUAUGGAAGAUGUAGCGGUGUGCAAAGCAUUUAGUAAUGGAAAAUCAGUAGAUGCUACACAAGAAUUAAUUGCCAUUGGAUUAGCAAAUCUUGGGUGUUCAUUCGUACAAUCAUUUCCUGGUACCGGUUCACUUAGCAGAAGUGCUGUUAAUAAUGCUUCUGGUGUUCGAACUCCACUAGGUGGACUUUAUACAGGAAUAUUAGUCGUACUCGCACUGCUAUUUCUCACACCUUACUUCUACUUUAUACCCAAAGCAUGUUUAGCAGCAAUAAUAAUAUCCGCGGUUAUUUUUAUGGUCGAAGUCAAGGUGAUAAAGCCAAUGUGGCGAACUAAAAAAUCUGACUUAAUACCAGGGAUAGCAACUUUCAUUGCAUGUCUGGUAUUGCAAUUAGAAAUAGGAAUUCUAGUUGGCAUAGGACUAAAUAUAUUAUUUAUUCUUCAUCAUGCAGCAAGACCGAAAAUUUCAUUGGAAAAACUUCGGAGUUGCCGCGGCGUUGAGUAUCUCAUGUUAACGCCAGAUCGUUGCCUGAUAUUCCCGUCAGUAGAUUACGUGAGAAAUCUCGUGACCAAGUACAGCUAUUGUGCUGGUAAUUCAAUGACACCGGUAGUUAUUGACUGCUCGCACAUUUACGGUGCUGAUUUUACAGCAGCUAAAGUUGUUGAAAGUCUUUCAAAAGAUUUUGCUACACGUAAACAACCGCUUUUCUUUUACAAUCUCAAACCUUCAGUUUACGCUGUUUUUGAGGGCAUCGAACCCACCGAUUUUGUUGUCUAUUAUACGCAAGAAGCUCUAGACGAUUUAUUGAGAGACCGAGGGUAUUUUAAAGAAAAAUCAAAUCCUUCAGUUGCGUAAAUAAGUUAUAAAAAUACAAUUAUGUAUUUAUUAUUUUUUUUUUUUAGAUAAAAGGUAAGAGACCUAGUUCCCCAAUCGGAUAAAGGGUCACUUACCUUAAGAGCAUUCUCAUACAGUGUCCCCACUUUUUAAAAAUAUGCAAUGACUUUCAACUGUCGUAACCGUAUUCAAAUUUCAUUAAUUAAUUAAAACAAAAUUGAAAUUUUAAUUGGAAAAAAAGACAACGUAAUAGUAAUUUCGCUGAGGUAUAGA